CCAGCAUGAUAACCCAUAAUGUUAACAGGAAAUGACAGUGGGUUGGCAUGAGUGUCUUCAUUGACAGCCUGAUGUCACUUCACCACCUCUCUUGCUGCACAGUGCACACUUCUCUGCUUGACACAACAAUGCCCAAACAUGAUAUGUCAGAUCAUAUUUAUGACAACACUAGAUGGAUGAAAAAGAAUUCACUUGGAAGUAGGAAAUCUACCAAAGAGAAGAAAUGUAGACCUAUCUUUGCCGUUAUUGCUGUUUUCCUCCUCCUGUCUCUGCUUGUAAAUGGGGUGCUGGCAUAUUUGUAUUUCAAUAAAGACAAAAAUAUGUUGUUGCAUUGUGAGCCAGUAACAAACUGCUCAAUUUCAGAAAACGAACAAGGUAGUCCAGGGUGCACGUAUGAGGAAUGGAGGUCACUUGAUUACUGCCCAGAUUUGCCAGAGCAGUGGUUAAAAGGCAACGGCAGCUUCUAUGUUUUCUCCAACCACAACAAGACCUGGAGCUCCAGCAGAAAGCACUGCCAGGAUCUGGGUGGUGAUCUGGUCUUCAUUAACAACACAGAGGAGAAGGAAUUUCUUGCUCGGAGACUAUGUGUUACUGGUGAAUCUGAUCUCUACUGGGCUGGGAACAGUGAUGGGAACUGGGCAGAUCUGAAUUCCAAACAACACAACUGUGCUGUACUCAAAGGAAAUGCACAAGAAGACAUUUCUUGCUUGAGAGAAGAGAGGAGCAUUUGUGAGAUCCCAUGCCUUCAGUAGACCUAGGGGUGUAGGGGUUUCCUUUUUUUUUAUGGUUGA